AUGUACAAUAAAAAAAAAUACCCAGUCGUUUCCUACCACGUACUAUUGCCAAUCGAACAAAAAAGUUGUACGGAAGAUAUCAGUAAGUACUUUAAAAAAUUUACAGUAAGUUAAGUACAUGUUUUACAAAAUUACAAAAUAGUUUCUUAUUAGACCACGUAUAAAAUACUGUCGUAUAAAAAACUGUCAGGUAUAAUAAUAUAAAUUAUAACCGUAUACUAUGUAGUACAAUCGAACGAAUCACAGAAAAAAGGUAUGGAUUUGACCAAGAUGUACACGUACUAUUUGUAGACUUCAAACAAGCCUACGAUUCUAUCAAGAAGAGUAGUCUUUGGCGGAUGAUGAAUGAACUCGGAAUACCGGCAAAUCUUGUGCGACUGGUGAAGGCAUGUGUUCAAAAUUCCAAAUGUAAUGUAAAAUUCAAUUAUGUAAUGUCAGACAAUUUUUCAGUAGAAACUGGUUUGAGACUAGGGGAUGAAUUAUGCACGUGCGUAUAUGCGUUUUUCUGCAAACAUAAUGGAGAGAAAAACAAUCGUUUUCUCUCUCUAUACGUGUACUAA